AUGCACAUUGGACAUUUUUACAGCGGCUGUUUUUGGCUUUUGACGUUUUUUUUUACAGCCAGUAAACCCCCCAGCAUGUUAUCCUAUGUGUCCAUGCACACAGAGACUGUAAUCAACGUUUUUUGGCUGGAAAAAAAAACCCAGGACUAGUGGGUUUCUAGAGGAGCUUUUUAGCUGUAAAAAUGAUCUAACGCUGAAAAAUGCAGCAAAAAGCGGUAAAACGCCACAAACCAGCAUUUUUGGACGUUUUUUGACCAAAGAAAUUUUUUUUGUAAAAAAAAAACGCUAAAAACCACAAACAGGGAAAA